AUGAGUGUUACUAAAGCUGAUAUGUUUUCAUCUUCCUUUUUUUUUAACUUGGGCCAGAGCAAGUAAACGAAAAAAGGAACUUUUGCAGGAUUUUUUUUGACAUUGAGUAUUUUCAUUGUUAUAUUUUCUUACUUUGUUUAUUUAACAUUCUUAUACGCGACUAAUCGAAUUGACCCUAAAUAUAGAUCUCAAACCUUUGUAACUGAUGAUCUUAUUCAGCUUGAUUUAAGCAGUGAUAUAGUUGGCUUCAGGUUUGAAUACUUAGCUAACAAAGAUGUAUCUAUUCUGGAGGCAUAGCAAAAUAAAAAAUAUAUUGUCUAUUAAGCCUACUUAAAUUAUCGAAGCCCAUCAUUUAGUAUGAUGAAGCGUAUUGAUGUAGUUAAUUGCACAAGUCCUUAACUUGAUGGAUAUUACUGUAUUGACUAUUCUUAAGUAUCCAACUAUACUUUCGAAUUCAGCACUAAUGAGAAUAUCUAAAGUUAAAUAUUUCUCUUGGCUUAUGGUUGCUUGGAUCUUGAUCAUGCUAAAACAACAAUUCCUGAUAACUGUGCCAGCUAAAAAGAUAUUGAUGAUAUGGUCAAUGGCGACUAGGCAGCUUUACGCAUAAAAUUAUUAUCUUAGUAAUACAACACAACCUCAAAAUAGAUAGAGAAAAAUUACAGAAAUAAUUUCAUGUAUUCUUACCCAGAUUAAGCUCUUUGGACUUAAUUUAAAGCUCAAACACAAACUACUUCAGUUAAGGAGGGUUUUUUGAUUUAAUCAGAAACCUCUUUUACAUCCUUAUUAUCCUAUGACUAAAUUAAUUCAAGUUUCCAAAGAAGUCAAGCUCUAAAUCCUCAUGGAGUUGGACCUUAUUGUAAGUUUUCAAUUUACUUAGAUGAAGUCUACACAUAGAUCUAAAUUUAAUAUCCAACUUAUCCUGAGAUAUUAGCUUUGGUAAAUAGUAUACUUGCUCUCUUAAUGACUCUAGGAUACUUUGGUAGAGCUAUUGCUUAGAAUAUAAUAAAGCAAGAGUUUUUCCUUCUAUUUUUGUAGAAUAUGUACUAGGACACUUAUGAGUAAAUAAUGCAAAUUAAUUAGAUAUUUUAGAAGAAGGAUGGAAUAUACUUUGAGAAAAAGAAAUUAAAAAGAGAAAUUGGAGAAGAGUAUGAAGAAUCAAAUAACGUACAAUCUAUAUUAGUUCCUACUUUUAAGACAAAAUAAAAUUCAACAUAAAACAACCAAUCAUAAAAUUAGUAAAUUUUAAAUAAGUACUUGAAAAAUGAAAAAGGGUAAGAUGAAAUAAUGGAGUAUAAAGAUUCUAGUAGAGGUAUGAAGUCGAUUGCUACUAAUUAAACAGAUGGCGAUGAUAAUAUUAACUACUUAGUAAAAGAGAAUAUGGGAUAAUCCAACUUUAUUGAAAAUGACAGAUUAGUAAGUCCAAAAUGUUUAUCACCAUUAGCUUUAGAUUCUCCUAAAUACAUUUCAAGCAACAUAGCUGAAAGCACAGUUUAAGUUGCAAAGCUAAACAAUCCAAGAAAAUCAAUCAGAUUAUAAAGAAAAAUAACUUUGGGCAUUGGUUAAACAAAAUAUAAAUCAUAAAACCCACUACCAUCUAUUGUAGAAAGUUAAUUUCCUGAUAAUGAAAAAGUUUUGUAAUUUAAAAAAGAAGUGAUGGAAAAAAUGAAUAAAAAGGAAAUUAGCUAAUAUUUUACUAAGAAGUUAGAAGUUAUGAUGAAUUCAAAUGUUUCUAAAAAUAUACAGAAAAUUAUAUUUGGAGCAAAGUUAUGGAAAAAAAAAGAAGAAAAAAAGGAGCUAGAAUUUGAUAUAUCUGUGAAGUAAUUAAUAGAGUCCUAAGUUGAAAAGAGCUUGGAUAUUUUAUAGCUGUAUCAAGAUAUUAUAUUCCUUAAAAAGGCAGUCAUGGUCUUGCUCAGCAAAGAUUAGCUAGCAGCUAUUUCACUUGUAGGUUGUUCACCUUACUUUUUAAGCAAAGAGAUCAGUAAGAAAAACCUUAAUGCCUCCUCAACAUAGGAAAUAAGGAGAAGAAAUUAUUUUGAAGAAUAAUUUGCCAUAACGCUAUCUCAAGAACUCAAAAUAAAAUAUAUUUAAAAGUUCUUAGAUAAAUGCACGAAAGAUACUGAGUUAAACGAUGUUGAUUCUAGAAUAUUAUCCUCAAUCAUUAGGAAUCAAAUGGAAUGUUGA